AUGAGUUUUCUAUUGCCUCUAGUAUCCGUAGUGGGAUUUCUUGCCUCCAUAGUUGCAUUUGCCAUAAGCGUGGAUUUGAAAGUUCAAUUGGGAUCAAUGUCUUUAGACAUUAGUAGAACAGCAUUUUUCAGAACCAGAGAAAUCUAUGCCUCCUAGAUUCCAUAUUUGGAAUCAGUUGCCUUUUGCAUAUUUCUGUUCGUAGCUGUGGUCAGAACGGUGGAGUAUUUCAAGAUUGACUUUUAGAUGGUAGCCAGUAUGAAUGAUGGUGAACCUGAAACUUAUUAUCUAACCAGAGCCAAAUUGAAACAAUCACUAGAAUGGAGCAAUAUUGCAGUGACCUAAGCCUUCAUCAUCCUAACCCUAGCAUUAGCUUUAUCAAUAGGAAUAGUAUUCAGCUCCAAUGGUCACUUUUAUGCAUAAGAAUUGAUAAAGAAAUUCAUUAAUCUAAACAAGUUAUCAGAUUCAGACAAAGGAACUCUAUCAGAACUUGAUACUCAGUCAAUCAAAUUCAUCGUCAUCAUUGCACUUAAUGCAUUAGCCUUGGCCUGCGUAUUCUUUCAAUUUUUGAUCAUUAUAAUAAAAAAGUUGAGAUUAUGAUAUUGACCUUCAUUA